AUGCAGCAAAUCUUGUCUGGAGAGGGACAUCUUGGCCAAUAUAACGACUCUGCGUUUGCUCCCUUCCGAUCGCGACCCGCCGUAUGCUGGACGAGCAUAUGGGACACAAGAAACGCUAAGUUCGAAGCAUGCUUCUUGCCGGUAAUCAACUUCGUGCCGAGUGUCAUCGCUGUUCUUGUGCUCGCCUGGCAGAUCAUCUGCCUAGCGACUUCUCGACAACCACAAUGGCUUCAACCGUUCGUUCAGGAAUACCAUCAACCCACCGUGGAGGACAUCGGACAGCCAAAGCGGAAGUGGACUAUCUUCACCCUUAGUGUUACAGCACUUUCUGCAGUCGGGUUUGCGCUCAAUGUCACAUCGGCUAUCUUAGUAUGGCCGUCACUGACUGCCCCUCUCCCAGCAAUGACAUGGCUAGUCGCUGCUGGCUCAGUAAGUGUCUACAUGCCGAGAACUGUGCCCUAUACAGUGCUCAUUAUCUUGACCGCACAGGCGGUGUCAGACGUGAUUGCUGUCGCGAACGGUGGCGAUGUCUCAAGUGAUGUCAAUCUUGACAUCACCAUAGCGUCUCUCGUUAUUGCGCUACUUGCAAUCAUUGUCAUUCUUUGCAUGCCCUUGAGAGACCCGAACAUGCCAGCGAAGGAGAUCAGCCAGACAUUCUCGGAGCCGACAUCAUCACUUAGGAGCCCGGAAGACAACCUUAGCCUGUGGCAGUUCAUGACAGUGGCAUGGAUGGCGCCGCUGAUACGCUUGGGGAGCAAAAGGCAGCUUGAGGAUGAAGAUGUAUGGCAGCUGGCGUAUGAAUUCCAGCAUCGAAUACUGCAUGCCAAUUUUCGCGAGCUAAAGGGUACAGUCAUCCAGCGGCUGUUGAGAGCCAACGGGAUAGAUCUGGUCAUCCUGACCUGUCUAGGCUUACUUGAGUUAGCGGCUAACUACGCAGUCCCUCUCCUGCUGCAGAGGCUUCUGGCCUCCAUGGAAGACUUCGCAGCGCCUAAGAGGGCAGCUGCGACGUAUGCCGGACUCUCCUUGGUUGUACGGCUUGUGGCAUGCCAGUCGAGCGUCUUCAGCUUAUGGUUCGGUCGAAGGUGCUACGAACGUUCGAGAGGCGAGAUGAUCACGAUGCUUUACGAGAAGACCUUGGGUCGUAAAAUGGCAUUCCCACCAGAGAUCAAGGACAAGACCGACGUCGCAAACGGAAAGACAAGGGCCGCCGCUAAUGGCAGCAAUGGACAGGCUGCUAAGCCCAAGCCGGGCAAUGAAUCCAAGGGUUUCAUGUGGAACCGAGUGUCGCGGUCAAUGAGAAACUUGCUGGCACGCAAACAAGACUCGGAACCAGUCAAAGAGCCGGCAUCCAUGGGAAAGAUACUCAAUCUAAUGCGCAAUGACGUUUACGAGGUUGCGCAGCGCUUUUGGGAGUUCCAGACACUGAUCACCAAGCCGCUGAGCUGCGUGCUAUCUAUUGUCUUGGUGGUUCGCUUCCUCGGCGCAUCGUCUCUGCUUGCCGUGGUACUUCUCCUAACGUGCCAGGUAAUCAAUGUGGGUAUUGCACGUAUACUGAUAUUCUACGAAAAGAAGCGCAGAGUCGCCACAGAUGUCAAGCUCGAGUUCAUCUCACAGUUCGUUGAGGCGAUACGGCACCUGCGGUGGUACGGCUGGCAAGGGCAUUGGCUCGACCAGAUUCUCAGCGCACGGCAACGUGAGCUUAGCCUGAGAGUGAAGAGCAAUGUCUGUAAUGUGGUGGUCGCCUUCUUCAACACACUUGGUCUUGAUCUGACACCGGUGGUGGCCUUCUUCGCUUAUACUGUCAUUGCUGGUAAACCGCUCAGAGUCGACAUUGCGUUUCCAGCCAUCCAACUCUUUCAGAUGCUGACCAUGGCGUUGCGCGAUCUACCGAACUUGAUCAUCGUGAUCACCAAUGCGUGGGUAGCUGUGGGUCGUAUCGAAGACUUCAUGGCAGAGCCCGAAAGGCAAGAGAUGACUACCGAGGCGCUUAUCGGCGACAGCCUAGCCAUUGAGCACGCCUCUUUUAGUUGGCCAGGCACGGAAUCACAGGUUUUACGCGACAUUAAUAUCUCCUUCCCGGAAGGCAUCACCUUGAUAUGCGGAGAAGUCGCAUCUGGCAAGACCGCUCUGCUGCAGGCGUUACUGGGCGAGCUCGACAUGUCGGAUGGCCAGCUUAUCCGCCCUCGAGAGCCUGUUGGGUACUGCGCGCAAACGCCGUGGUUGCAAAGUAUGAGCAUCCGCGAGAAUAUUAUAUUCUCUUCGCCGUACGAUGACAAACGAUACAAGGAUGUACUGGAGGCUUGCGCGCUGACUCCAGAUCUUGCUGAGAUGAAGGCUGGCGAUCUAUCUCUGAUUGGUGAAAACGGCAUCGGUCUGUCGGGCGGUCAGCGUGCCAGAGUCGCACUUGCUCGAGCCGUUUACAGCAGAACAAGAAUAUUGCUGCUCGACGACCCUCUGUCUGCCCUUGAUCAGCAAACUGCAGAAGCCAUUGUGCAAAAGUGCUUCGCCGGGCCGCUGUUGAAAGAUCGAACAGUGGUGCUUGUUACACAUCGCACGGAUCUGCGCAAUGCUGCCGCCGUACCGGACAAGUUCAUCGAAGACGAGCACCGCGCGCAAGGUAAUGUGCAGGCACGAGUGUAUUGGGAGUACAUCAAAGCCGGGAAGUUGCGGUGGUGGUCUGUUAUUGUCCUCAUCCUACUCCUUUACCGCCUGAUAUCCACCUUGCAAAACUGGUUCGUGAAGGCCUGGGCUGAAGCAUACAACGAACGUUCAAGCGUUCUCCUCGUCCUCCUCCAUAAGGAUACUGGCGUGGUUAAACCGUCUGGUCUUUUCGGUAACCUGCCGCCUCCGGAAGCUGACAAUCGACCAUGGCUGCUCUGGUACCUUGCGCUGUCACUAGGCACGUCGAUCACCUAUGUCAUCAGUCAAGCCUUCUUCAUCGUCCUCGUCUACGUCGCCGGCCGGACCAUGUUCAAAGACGUUAUGGUGAGGGUCGCACACGCCACCUUCCGCUUCUACGAUGUCACACCUAUCGGCCGCCUGAUGAAUCGCAUGACUUCCGACAUCGGUGUGGUUGAUGGCGGUAUUAGCUACCAGCUUCAGAGCGUUGUGUGGCUAAGCCUGUCGUGGGUCACUUCAGUUGUCAUCAUUGCUUCCGUGACGCCAGCAUUCCUGGUCUUCUCCGCUGCGCUUACGGCAGCCUUUAUUCUGAUCUUCAAUCGCUUCCUGCCCACAUCGCAAAGUCUACGCCGUCUGGAAACGGUGUCGCUCACGCCGCUAAUGUCAAACUUCGGCGCAUUACUGAAUGGCUUGGCCACUGUCCGCGCCUUCUGCGCCCAAAGCCGCUUUCAGGAGAAGGUGUUCGACGUCGUCGACACUUUCCAGAAGAUGGAUCACUUCUACUGGAGCCUCCAAGCCUGGCUUAUGUAUCGCUUUGAUGCGCUGUCUGCUCUUUCGACCUUCCUGAUUACUAUCCUUGCGCUUGCUACGGGUGUCUCACCUGGGCUGACGGCUUUCCUGCUUGCGUACGCCAACCGCUUCGUCACCACCACCCAUAUGCUGUGCAAACAGUACGGUCAAUUGCAGAUGGAGUUCGUGUCCGUUGAGCGGAUUGUUGAGCUGCUGAGGCUGGACCAAGAACCUGGAGGUGACAUUCAUCCGCCUGCGUGGUGGCCCUCGUUCUCUGGCGAUAUCGUUUUUGACAAAGUAACGAUCAGGUAUGCUCCGAACCUCGAUCCUGCGUUGUCCGACGUUUCUUUCACAGUCAGGGGCGGGUCGAAGACUGCUAUCAUUGGAAGAACCGGUUCCGGCAAGAGCACUCUCGCGCUUGCAAUGCUUGCAACUAUCGUCCCCGAAAGCGGUCAGAUCCUCGUUGACAACUUGAACCUUGCCGAAGUUGACAAGCAGCUUUUGCGUACCAGGAUUACCUUCCUUGCGCAGGACCCCGUUCUGUUUCCCGGCUCGAUGCGUCAGAACCUCGACCCUGUGGGAGAGCAUACAGACGAGGCGUGUGAACUCGUCUUGCGUAGAGUGUGCGAGCGUCAGGGCUGGAAGCUGGAUACCAAAAUUGAAGCUGGUGGACGCAAUCUCAGUCAGGGCCAGAGACAACUCGUUGGCCUUGCUCGAGCUGUGCUGCGGAGAAGUGCGAUCAUCAUCCUGGAUGAAGCAACGGCGUCGAUCGAUCGGGAGACGGCGAUGCAGAUUCAGCAGGUGAUGCAUGAAGAGAUGAAAGAUAGUACGGUUAUCACCAUCGCUCAUCGUCUGGAGGCGGUGAAGAACGCGGACUAUUGCAUCGUACUCGGCAAAGGCAAGGUUCUCAAAGAAGGCCCAGCGGCUGAGAUGCUCAAUGGGAGCACGGCACCAUAUGAUGAGGCUUUCGCGGCCGGGGAUGGAUAA